GAUCGGCAAUCCAGUGAGGCGUCCCGCGGCUUCCGGCGGUUUCGGAAUUUUGGUCUGGGAACGAAGAGUUGCUCGAGUUCGUAUUUUCGUAAUGUGUCUAUAAACCUAUGAAAUCUGCGAUGGAAGUGCCAGGAGUAAAAGCUUCAAGAAGAACCCAUGGCAUCAACUGCAGAGCCAAAGGUUGCAAGAACUCGAACAACAACAGCAGCCUUUCCUUUUUUGGAUUUCCGCGCGACAACAGAACAGCAGCAUGGAUAGCGUAUGCUGAUCGCCAGGAAUAUGCAGACCUUCCACCAGAACAACUGAAACACAGAAAACUUUGUGCCGUGCACUUUGCAGCUAAUGCUUUUGCCAAUAAGCAAAGGACCUCCUUGAAGCGCACUGCCGUACCUACUGUGCCCCGUGAGACAGCUUCAAGUAGUGUCCCCGUGCUGUCGUGUUCAAGCAGUAGCUCUGGUGAUGCUACACCAGCAGCGUCACACUCACAUACUUCCGAGGUAGAGAGCUCCUCUUCGAAGGACCUAUGGAAAACCAGUCGAGCCGAGUGGAGGAAGCCCCAGCAAGACAGAGUGUGUUCAAAGGACCUUCUGGGAAGUGGACUUAAAGGUGGUCCAAGAAUUAGCCCUAAAGAGGUUGUGGUCUCAUCUGUCUUCCUGGACAAACAGCAAAAGAUUGAGGCCCCUAUACUGGUUCCUGGAAAUGUGGUGCCAGUGAACACCACUGAGACUGUCAUAUAUGUGACGUUAAACGAAACAGAUGAGAUUAUGCCACUUAACUCAAGGAAUGACUCGGACAACGAGACAGACAAAGGAAUGGCUGAAACACUCCGGGACUGUGUAAAGCCUGUCAUUAGCAUGAAUGGAAAUGUCUCCCACACAGCGGGACAUGUCACAGCCCAGUCGAAUGUAGUGUCUGGACAUAAUUACUCGAAAUUACUCGCUUGCGCAUCAUUAAACCUCAACUGCGCACCAGCGAAAGUAGGAAGGCCAAAAUCAUUGACGCCAAAAUGCCAGGAUUGCAGACGCCAUACCGCCGCAAUAGAAAGGUUGAAGAGGCAGAAAAAUGAGCUGAAGCUGAAGCUUCAACAGUGCAUGAAGCGUCAACAGGUCUACAGCCUAAAAGAAAUUGAAAAUGACCAAAAGGAAGGCUCCGAAAGGGCAGCAUUUUUGGUGGACCAGCUACAAAAUUAUCAGAAAAAAUCUCCCAGGUGGUCAGACACGACAAUUCGUCGCUGCAUCUUAUGGAGUAACCGACUGCGUAGUGGCUACACUGUACUACAGUCAUCCAAGGUGAUAAAGCUCCCAACAAUUGCCACACUAAAAAAGUACAUAGUGCCUACAAAUGCAGACUCUGCAACAGAACUCGCAGUGAGCAGCCUCGAGCAUGAAGCGAACUCUAAAAGUUUAGAAGAAAGUGAGAUCUGUGCUUAUGGAUUAAACGACCAUCAACUAGUGCAUCUUCCAUGACAAGGUCUGUGUCCACUGGUUAGUAUUCGCGACCAGUAAUGCGACGGGACCAAGGCUCAAAGAGGAGGUCACAAAUAGGCUUGUGUGUUUUUGGUCUUGGUAUUAAGUACCCAGUACACCCGGUACCGUCCACAAGCUGGCUCUUAUUUCACCGAAGGGCUGCAAGGACCACAACUAUGGUCUUACACUGGAAGCAAAGGAGUUAGUCGAAGGUGCAUGUUCUGUCGUAGUCUUCCUGGUUGCAGACAACCACAAGGCCAACGUGAAUCCACUCGUGUUACCACAUGCAGGCAAGACUGAGCCCUCCAUUUAAAAGCGAUAAAACCCCGGUGCAGGGGACACAACCCCCUGCUUUUUAACCCUCCAUUUAACAUCGACGUGAACUGCUGAGAAAGUUCAUAGCCGAUGACUAGGGUUUCAGAUUCUCGUUAUUUACGAAAAAAGGCCAAUAAAUGUGUACUGGUAAAGUUUUUACACAGAUUAAUUACACAGAUCAAAUUAUGCAUUGAUAAUCACUGGAAUGAGCACUUCAAAUUAUCUGUGGUAUCAAGGUACCUGUGUCAACGUAGCUCCUGCAGCUGAGUACUCUGUUUGUAGCUUUUGGAUGGCCCACGCGAAACAGUGGGCGGCACUUUCUGCUGUAACUCUCAACUUGCACUAUUCGUGUCAAGUGGUGUAGAGCGAGCAUUUUCAAACUUGUCUUAUUGAUUUGAAAUUUAUCUGCGCAAGUAUAAGAAAGUAUUAACAUUGUUGUAACGAAAGGAGCAGCCUGCGAUGUUGCCUGAAUCCCUUAACAUAUGUACAUACCUGGCAAAUUAUUGCAACAAGAACAGAGUUUAGCAGUUGGUAUUGUAACAAAUAAAUAAAUAAAGUGUUACAUUCACUGUA